UUAUUAUUACUCAAUAAAAUUGGCGGAGAGGCGAAGAAAAAAAUUCAUCAACCUGGGCACCUAUUUGUCUUGUGGUGCAGUGAUUUCUGCUCAACUUCUUCAUCACCAAAAUUGGAAGGUAGUAUCGGAUUUUAUUAGUGUUAAAACGGGCUUUAUAUGAUGCAAUCGCACUCAAUCUGAUUGUUGUGAAUGAUUUACUUUCAACUCAACUCCUUAUAAUUUAAUUAUUUUUCCAAAAGUGGUGUUUCUUGAUGGUAAUCUACCUAUAGAAACAGUGAUUUUUUUGACAACAUUUCUCAUGAAUUUUUGAUGCGGUUGUCUCCUUUCCUUAAAACCUGGCCGCCGCUCAAGUGUAAUUGAUGAAAUACCCAGGAUCAAAUUGACCAGAGGGGGAAACUGCCCCAACUAGACCCCAGAUUCUGGGCUUGCUUAACAUUUAAAAUACGAAGACUGAAUAGUGGCUUCCCAUAGAGUUAGAAAUGGUGCUGGUACUGGCAUUAGGUGAUUUGCACAUACCCCACAGGGCGUCUGAUCUGCCACCAAAGUUCAAGUCCAUGCUUGUUCCAGGCAAGAUCCAGCACAUAGUCUGCACUGGAAACUUAUGUAUCAAAGAGGUUCAUGACUACUUGAAGACUGUUUGCCCAGACUUGCAUAUUGCUCGAGGUGAAUAUGAUGAGGAGACACGUUAUCCAGAAACAAAGACCCUUACUAUUGGUCAGUUUAAGCUUGGAGUGUGCCAUGGUCAUCAGGUUAUUCCAUGGGGGGACCUGGACUCACUGGCCAUGCUCCAGAGGCAGCUGGACGUAGACAUUCUUGUGACCGGUCAUACCCAUCAGUUUACUGCAUACAAACAUGAGGCCGGAGUUGUUAUAAAUCCAGGGUCGGCAACAGGUUCCUACAGUAGCAUCACCUAUGAUGUCAACCCGAGCUUUGUUCUCAUGGACAUUGAUGGUCUGCGUGUUGUUGUAUAUGUCUACGAACUCAUUGAUGGAGAGGUUAAGGUCGACAAAAUUGAUUUUAAGAAGACAACGACAUCAAACGCUUGACCUACUGGCACGAAAGAUGCUCAUGGAUGCAUUCAUCAUUGAAUCGACCUGCCUAUGCUUGCAUUGGGAACUGGAUUUACUUUUACUUGUUUUCUUUUCCCUUUUCGUACAACUUUUACCGGAAGAGUGAUUUGUCAACAAUGUGGUUUGAUUUGUAGGGUUUAUCUAUGGCUCUUAAAAGUUUCUCAGUUUUAUCUAUGACUUGGAACUUGUUUA